AUGACGGAGAAAAGUGCGGCGUCAACGGGUCCAGGCCCCGAUCAACAAACCAGCAAUGGGACAGCGGAGAGGAAACCGGAUGUGACAGAGGAGGAACAGACUGGGGCAGAUGCUGGUGCGAAAGACAACUCGCAGAAUACACCGUCUCUCAAGACUGAGGGUGCUGCUGCCGGGGCUCACCCAAGUCCCAAAAAACGUCGCAAAGUCAAUCAUGCAUGCGUUUACUGUCGGCGAUCGCAUAUGACUUGCGACUCGGAGCGACCCUGCACGCGAUGCAUAAAACGGAAUAUUGGCCACCUUUGCCACGAUGAACCUCGGGAACCUUCAAAACGGUCGCGGAGUGAAAACGAUCAUUCGGCUGCCGAUGACGAGGGCUCUUCGAAUAAUGAGUACUCUGGUGUCCAGAUGCCCAGAAACGUCGACGGCCCAGAAGCUGCAGGUCAGCAAAUGCUACCCGACGGGUCCAUCGGCCUACCCACCGCUUCUGUAACUUCUGUGCAGCAGCCUGGCAACAUGGCUUCUUCUGGCCAGGGUCUUAAUGCUCAACAGCAAAUGAUUGGGUACAACGAAUGGCUUGGUGGACAAAGCCAAUUCCAGGACAUGCACACGUUUCACCCUUCCUACAUGUUCAAUGCACCAGAGGUCACUAAUGAGUACAACCUCCUUGGUGACUUUCUGAGCAAUAGCCUUUUGGAUGAUGGAGGAGUGUUUCAAAAUGAUGAGCUGCAGGGUAUUUACUCGGACCCGUCAUUACUCAAUUCUAUGGCGACUCUGGGAAACUCAAGUCAAAGCCUUCUUCAGCAGUCCCAACCUGCGCAACCCCAACCUAAUCAACAGGCUCAGGGCGAACCUUUACAAGGGCCUACACCUGCAGUGAGCAAUGACAAGGCGAGAGAGACCUAUUACAUGACCGCAGCAGAUCCAUCAGGGUCCGACCCGCCAGAGGAGCGGAUGAACAAGCUUCUUAAAGCGAAAUACGACGCGGGACUCCUUCGCCCAUUCAACUAUGUGAAGGGUUAUGCCAGGCUGAAUCAAUAUAUGGAGCGACACUUGCAACAAGCCUCGCGGCAGAAGAUCCUCCGACAAUUAGAUAAAUUUCGGCCGAAGUUUCGUGAACGAAUGCAGAGCCUGACCGACAUUGAACUCAUCCUCGUGGAGAUGUGGUUUGAACGAAGCCUGAUGGAAUAUGAUCGAGUUUUUGCCAGUAUGGCCAUUCCUGCUUGCUGCUGGAGACGAACGGGUGAAAUAUUCCGUGGCAAUAAAGAAAUGGCAGAGUUGAUCGGCGUACCGAUUGAGACUCUCCGAGACGGAAAGCUUGCAAUCCACGAGAUCAUUGUGGAAGACCAGCUAGUGAGCUACUGGGAGAAGUUUGGAGCUAUUGCCUUUGACAACACGCAAAAAGCCAUGCUCACAAGCUGCACCCUGAAAAACCCCAAUUCCAACUCCCCUGGAGAUGGAAUUCCCUGUUGCUUCUCAUUUACAAUCCGAAGAGAUACCCAUAACAUCCCAUCACUCAUUAUUGGGAAUUUUCUGCCGUCACAGCGAAAGGCCAAAUAA